ACUGAUCCCGUAUUAAAACGUACUCGUACUGAGAUGUAGAUGGCAGUUCAGGAUAAAGCUUGGAGAGAGCUGUCCACGUAUCGUAGCAGUUGCUGGGAGAACAAACCCCGCUAGAAGAGUUUCAAUAUCCUACUUGAAGAAGAAAGAAGUCAGACAAACAGAUAAUUUAAUAAAUGGCAACAGGAAUAAUACCAGCUCCUGGGCCACCAUUGGCCGAUACAACAGGCACAGGCUUGUGGCAGCCGUGUGUGGGGCCAGCCACCAACUCAACCACCUCUGUCACUUUCCCCAACACGUGUGCUGAUGGGACACUUUGCGUGAGGAAUUUUUUAUUUUUUUUCUUCUCUACGUACCAAGUGUGUCUUUGCCCACAGACGACGUACCCGGAUUUUGCGACGAGAACAUGUUUACCAAUUCAGGGGGCACCGUGCAAUGCCAGCACAGACUGUAAUUUCCUCACCUACGACUGCAUUGGCCUCUCAAGCUGGAGCAUACCCAACGAUGUGAAGGAAUUUCUCACGCCAAUGGUAUUCUACAUAUGCAGCCAGAUCGUGGAGUAUCGUGUACUAGUACCUAAUUACCUGUGCCUUGCGAACUCGUGUGUGUUCGCAGGAGUGGCAUUCGGGAUAGGAGAGGGCAUUUCUGGUCUAGGAAGGAAAAAACGCAGCCUGAGCGAUCUCAACGAAGAGGAGUUAGCAGCGAGUAAAUCAAACGCAACAGAAGUGUGGUUGAAAGCCAUGGGGACCUAUUUCGAACAGUUUGGUCAGAAUGGGAUACUCGACGAGAAUAAUGAUCCUUCGUCCACGGAAUCCAAAGCAACAGGCCAGUGGGAGGUGGAUGGAACAGCCGUUGUGGAGGCAGAGAUGAAAGACAGAAUAGCAGAAGCAAAAGAAGAAAACGGGAAGAACAGCUCGGAAAAAUCUCAUCAAAUUUCGACAAGAUCAAUUACGAGUUCCUUUACUGGCGCGUGUGUCGUGCCGAACCUUCUCAACACGUUAACGGAGUUAAUAUCGGGUCAAAGUGCGGAGAAGUUCCUCUUGAAUUGCCGGGAGGACGACCUUGUGGCCAACGCUCAAACCAAGGAGUUAUAACUCCUUGCUCAAACUAACAAUUAACGUUAACUAUACGCGUAAUAGUAAUACUGUGUAGUACUACUCAAAUUGCUUAAUGAUCAGCAGUUUCUUUUACUUUUAUAUGUGCUAGUAGCAUUGUACUUAUUGUUAUUAAUUUGCACAAGUUGUUUCUUUAAAUCAUUUGUAUACAGAUGUGUAUGUAAGUGUAUGUGCGCGUAGUGCAUCUGCGUGUGCAGUUAUGUACAUGUACGUGUGUGUGUGUGUGUGUCUGUUUGCGAUCGCGUGCGUGUGUGAAAGAGAAAUAAAGAGAGAGGUUGAGGAAAGGUAUUUGAUCUAAAACACCAAUAUCAGGUACGUUACAGUGCGUAAACGUAUAAGUUGUAGCUAUGGAAAUAGUUUUUCCUUUACAGAUAAGAACAUGGGUUAAGCUUAAAGUCACUACGUCACGCAAGCAACUACCGCGUGGGAAGGUGGUGGGCAUUAAUUUCAUGGCCUAUUAAGGUACACAUUAACGGGCUGAGAUAGCGGUAAAUGUCUACGAUUAGGAGAACCCAGCAGGAUCUUUAUAUUAUGUAGGUAAUACAUGUAGGUAGAAAGCAGUGGCACAUCUCGUAGAAAUGAAAAGGAUUGUAGCUGGAAAAGCAAGAUAACUACUGUUACCCGUGCCGUGCACUGAUAUGAAACAUAAGGGUUAAAAAUCCCUGUCAAACGUGUUAUAGAUAUUUCUGUAAGAUGUCUAGUGACCGAGGAAAAAUUAGAUAUGUUGUGUCUUUUUUAUCUUUGUGUUAAAACAAGCGUAGAGACAGGACGUAAAUGUUUUAGAGUUCGAAAAGGGAUUAAGGGAGAUGAAGCGAAAUAUUAUUGUAUUUAUUAUUUUCAUAAAACCAUUGGUCCAUGUGAGUUAAAAAUUUAGUGAAGUAAUUAAUAAAGGUCAAGAUUUAAAUUUUUGAUCAAACAUCGUCAAGGUUAAAUGUGCGUAAAAAUAAACACCAAUAUCACAGAAAAUAAGUUGUUUCGUCCAGUCUACAAAUAGCAGGAGGAAAAUUAUAAGGAUUGUGACUUUUCACUAGAAGUGCGAUAUUGCACUUUGCUUAAGAGAACAAUGAAAAGAACAAAAAGAAUCUUUGCUAAAAUAAUCUUAUAAUCUUUGCUAAAAUACAUAUGCCAGACUAGUGUAAAAAACUUCACAAUUAACUCUUGAAUACACAAUUACAGAAUUGGCCAGAGAAAUACCUGUGGAUAUACAUGCAUAUCUAGUGAAAGAUCAACCUGUGGCCCCAGAAUUAUCUAUUCUUUUUGUAUAUAAUCUAUUGCUAAAUAUCAGCAUGCAAUCUUCAUGAGAAUCGUUAACCCGAAACAUUAUUUCCCUAUAAGAUAUGUUAUUAUCUAAAUAUAUGCAUUUUGCAAAAAGUUACGAUAAUUUAGUUAAGAUAAUUUAGCGUGUAAAAGUUGAAAUCUCAAAGAGUAAAAUUAUAGGUUUCACGUGGGCAAGUUUAAGUUUUACACAAAUUCAACCUUGCUGUCGAAGAAAAUGAUUAUAAAAGAAACGUGGAAGUGCGGGGUUUGUCGAUCCAGUCAUUAUCAUUAU